GGGAAAUGAAACCGAAAGCAGGGGCUGCGGCCGGCCACGGCGAUGGCGGCGGAGGGGUGCGGGGCGCGGUUCGCGGUGGUGCUGGAGGGCGCGGCGGGGCCGGCGGGGCUGCCGCGGGCGCUGCGCAACAAGCUGCUCCGCUACUUCCAGAGCGCGCGGCGGUCGGGCGGCGGCGAGUGCGAGCUGCGGCAGCGCCCGGGCGGGCAAGUGCUGCUCUGCUUCGCCGACGAGCGAGUGAGGCAACAAGUUCUUCAAAGAAAGACCCAUGAGCUUGACUUGGGAGAAGAAGGAAAAUUAACACUGGUUGUCAAGCAGCUUGAAGCACCAAGUGCUACUCAAGAGGAUGUGUCUUGGAAAGAGGGAGGUCCUGAACAGGUUUUGGAGUCAGCAAGCAGAUCCCCAGAGCAAGAUGGACAAAGAAAGGAAGAUCCAGUACAGGAUAGCAGACUCCAGGAGAAAGCUAUCCAUGUGGGGAAGAUUCAGAAACAGUUUGAAACAACUUCAUCUCAGGUUGUACUUGAAAAUGUAAAAGCAUCUAUCACACAGCAUAUGCUAAUUUUGGUGUUGGAGACUGUCUGCGGCUUAGAAGACGAUGACUUCAGCGUGGAAAGGAUACCUGAAAUAGAUGUUGCCGUAGUUACCUUCGUAAAAAGUAUUGAUAUCACAGCGUUUGUGCAUAAAUGUACCCAACACAAGAGGACCCAGGAAUUAAACAUUACUGCCAGGCCUCUUGAAUUGACACGGAGCAUCAAGGCUGAAAAUGUGCCACCUGCUGUUUCUAAAGCUUAUCUCACAGUCUACUUUGAAAGCCCAAAGAGAGGAGGUGGGCCAGUAUCAGAUGUUCAGCAGUUACCUGAGGAGAAUUCAGCUAUCAUUACUUUUUGUGAUCGUAAAGAUUUCAGUGCUGUGUUGAACAAGCAGCAUUUCCUUGAUGAAACACCAAUUUCCGUGUAUCCAUACUACAGGUCUUUGGGUACAGCUUUAUAUGGGAAGGACAGACCUGUAGUAGAGAUGCCAAAACCAAUCACAAUCGCAGUGGAUCCUUACCUCUGGCAGUUUUUACAGAAAUCUGACAGACUACUCCAGAACAUAAGCCAAGACAUGGCAAGAUGCCACUGUGACCUAAAAUGGCCCCAAACCGAAAGUGCCCAGCCUGAAAUUACGUUGUCUCCAUUAGUGGCGUUGUCCAAACAAAGAAGAUUGAUGGUUGAGGUGAUCCCGACUUGGAACAAAGAUGCUACCACUGCUUUCUCACGUAUUGUGUCACAGUACAAGGUUGCUAAGUGUCACGUAAGUUCAGUAGUUUGGGAAGAUAUAAAAGAGAAAGUAAUGAAGGAUGGUGUUUUGACCACCGCUGAUAUUUCUGAGGAGAUGGUGGUCAUAGCAGGCCACAAGUUGACUGUGGAGGGUAUGGAAAAAGAGCUGAGAGAAUGUAUGGAAAAGGCUAUCAAAGAAAUGGAAAAAGGAAAGCAAAGUUUAGAGACAACCAUUACAGUUGACCCAAAGAAGUAUGCAAUUCUGUGCAAUUCUAAGCUCGAGGCGAGUAUUUGUAAGGAAUACCCAUCUCUGAAGAUGUCUUACAGCGCUCCGACAAAGAAAAUCAGCCUGUGUGGAAUAGCUGCAGAAGUGUAUAAGGUCAAAAGUGACAUACUUGAAAAGGUGCAGAAUAUGGCACAGAAACCAAUUAGGAUUCACCCUCAGAUUUUCCAGUUCCUGCAGCACGUAAAUAAUGAAACACUGUCGCAGAAUUUAUUUGUGGCAAAUAAAAUUAAUGCCAUUUAUGAGCUGGCGAAUGAUACGGUGGUGCUAAUAGGAGACUCCCUUGCAAAUCUGUUAGAAGCAGAAGAGAAAAUGAAGACAGAUUUAGACUGGAAAGGCAUUCCUGUGGAGGACAGAGAAGUCAUCCAAAAAGCAGAAUGGAAGAGACUCACAAGCUCUCUGUGUAGGAAACAUAAUUCUUCGGGGGAAACUGUUGUAGUUGAUUUCCUGAUGCCUGAAGGGAAAGAGGGGCAAGUAGUUGUCAUUGGCUACUCUAAGGCUGUCUCAGAUGUCUAUCUGGCACUUUCUGAUUUUGUAGAUAGAAACACAAAAGUAGAAAAACUAAUCCAAGCUCAGUCUGUGGCAGUUGUAAAGUUCCUAGAGAAGGAAAACUCGAAUAUUUGGCUUGACCUACAGAAGAAAAAUGUGACAGUGAAUUUUGGCUCAAAGUCUUCACCUAAAAGUAUUUCCCUGGCCGGACCAAGAGUGGACGUGGUGAAAGGGGUGACCGUAGUUGAACAAAUUCUAUCCACACUGUAUGCAAAAGAUGUGUUAAUCGAUAAACCAGGGGCCAAGGCAUUUUUCAGAGACAAAGAGUAUGUGUACGUCACUGAGGCCAAACAAAAGUUUAAGUGUUUGAUCCGGCUGCAAGAAGACGGAGAGCAAGAAGAAGCUGGCGCGGUUGGCAAUGUUAAGACAGGACCGCCCCUUUGGAAAACAAACCUGCCAAAUGGGGUGGCGGUGGCAGUGUGUAGAGGCAACUUGUGCAGUUAUUCUGUUGAUGUUGUGGUGAAUGCAUCAAACGAAGACUUAAAGCACCUUGGUGGCCUUGCCGGGGCGCUUUUAGCAGCUGCAGGGCCAGACCUCCAGACAGAAUGCGACUACUUUGUGAGACAGCACGGGCGUUUGCAGCCUGGGUGUGCGGUGAUUACAGGGGCUGGGCAACUCCCUUGCAAACAGGUGGUUCACGCUGUUGGUCCCAGGUGGGUGCAGGGUGAAGCAGAAAAGUGCGUGCGCCUGUUAAAAAAAGCCGUUAAGGAAAGUCUAAGAUUGGCUGAAACCUACAAUCAUCGCUCCAUAGCGAUUCCUGCCAUCAGCUCGGGAAUUUUUGGAUUCCCGUUAGAAAGGUGCGUACAUUCAAUUGCAACAUCCAUCAAGGACUUCUUGGAAGAGUCUGUCGGGGACAGCUCGCUGAAGGAGAUUUAUCUCGUAGACUCCUCGGAGAAAACAGGUCAGGCUCUCACUAAGGCUUUCAAAGAAGUGUUCAGCAAUAAAUCACCCCAACCCAAUUCACCUGCCCUUUCCAAAACAAGCCAACCGCCCAGAGAAAGCAGAAAUAUUCAGAGCGCAGAGGAUCACCAUAGGGUCAGAACAAAGGAAGGUCUGAACAUCAUCCUGAAGGAAAAGGACAUUCGGGAUGCUGCAACGGCUGUUAUUGUAAGCAGCAUUGGCACAGAUCUGAGGCUUGGUGUGGGUCCACUUUCCAGAGCCUUGCUGAAAAAGGCUGGACCAGCCCUCCAGCUGGAGUUUGCUGAGAAAACAGAAGGACAAGUAGCUAAUAUAGGGACUGUGUUCCAAACAAAUGGAUAUAAUCUGCCCUGCAGUUUUCUGUUUCAUGUUAUUAUUCCUACCUGGGAUCAGGGGAAAGGAACUGCCUUGCAGAGCCUAGGAGACAUAGUCCAACAAUGCCUGAAGAAAACCCAGGAGCUGUCUUUAAAGUCUAUCACUUUUCCAGCAAUCGGGAGUGGUGGGUUUGGAUUUCCCAAACCCAUUGUUGCUAAAUUAAUGUUUGAUGAAGUAUUCAAAUUCAGUAGCAAUCACAACUUGAAGUCUCUUCAGGAAGUUCACUUUUUGUUGCACCCAAGUGAUACAGAUAACAUUCAGGCUUUUACUGAUGAACUACAGUCUAGACUCGGAGGUAAACGCAAGGCUGCACCCCCAAACCCGACUUUCUUUGGGCAAGUUUCAACUCCAGUACUGGGAGUCCACGAGAUGCAGGUGGGUUCCAUAACUUUCAAGGUAGCGACGGGAGACAUCACCAAGGAAAAAGCAGAUGCUAUUGUAAACGUAUCCAACGAAACAUUCAAUUCCUACUCAGGUGUCUCCAAAGCAAUUUUAGAGGCGGCUGGACCCCUGGUUAUCAAAGAAUGUGCCCAAUUAGGUGCACAGCAUCACAGUGGCUUCAUAACCACUCAGGGCGGAAAGCUGAUGUGUACAAAUAUUAUUCACCUUGUUCCCCAUAACAACAUCAAAGGCCAGGUGUCUAAAGUGCUCCAGGAGUGUGAACUGAAAGGAUACAAGUCUGUCACCUUCCCAGCAAUUGGAACAGGUAAUGCAAGACAGAAUCCUGCUCAGGUAGCUGAUGAUAUGAUAGAUGCUAUAGGCAACUUUGCAAGUAAAAAGCCAGUACAGCAUGUGAAAAAAAUUAAAAUAGUCCUCUUUCAGCCACAUAUGCAAAAUGAUUUUUAUGCAGCCAUGCAAAAAAGAGGUGGAACAGGUUUAGCUGCAUCAGAAUCAUGGUAUUCUAGGAUAACAUCGUUCUUUUCUGGCAAAAAACAACUUCCUAGAAAGAAGCAAGAUUUGGUUUUGAAGAAGAAGAUUGAGUUAGCCGUAUUUCAGAUAUGUGGUGAAAACCGCCAAAAUGUGGAAGACACUGAAACCUGGUUAAAAAUUCUGAUUAUAAAGGAACAGUCUGAACAUAAUAUUAAAAAUGAAUUAAUUGAAACAUUUAGUGAAGCAGAAUUUAGAAAACUGAAUGAACUCCAGGAGAAACUGCACAUUACCAUUCAAGUCGAAACCAACAAAUGUCCCUCAUACAUUAAAGUUUCUGGUAUUACCAGAGAUGUCUAUGAUGCUUCCUUAGAAAUUGAAAAAAUGAUCAAAAGAAUUAAAGAUGACCAAGAAGAACAAUCCAAGAUAGAACUUGUUCACCAGAUAGUAGUGUGGAAGUAUUCUCUCCCUAAUGGUACUUUCGCAGCCUUUGACCCUCUAACAAACAUGCAGUUAGAGGAUGCUAAAGCAGCUAAAAAGCCAUCUGUCGAUAUCAAAGUCAACAGGAAGAAGUACACAGUGGACAUGAACACUCUGCAUGCUACAGAUGAACAAGGGGCAACUGUAACCAUUCAGCGUGUCUCAAAGCUGGAAGAUAAACAAUCGAUAGAUCUUCCGAAAGAGUGGGAUGAUAUGCAGCAGGAACGUGUCAAAGUGGUGCAACUAAAUCAAGGAUUACCAGAAUAUCAAAAAGUGCAGAUGGAGUUUCAGAAAACCUGCAGAUCCAAAAUUAGCAAGAUUGAAAGGAUACAAAAUCCAUUCCUCUGGCAGCAAUACCAAAUCAAAAAACUGUCUGUGGACAAUAAGAAUGGCAAUCAGAAUAAUGAAAGGUGCCUGUUUCAUGGAACAGCGCAUAGCUCAUUGAACGUAAUUAAUUAUAAUGGGUUCAAUCGUGGUUUUGCUGGAAAGAACGCUGCAGCAAUCGGAAAUGGAACCUAUUUUGCUGUAAAUGCCAAUUAUUCUGCUAUGGAUACGUACUCUCGACCCGACAUGAAUGGCUUUAAACACAUGUACCUUGCUCGAGUCCUCACUGGACAGUAUUGUGUUGGAGUGGCAGGAAUGAUAACUCCACCAUCGAAAAAUGCAAGCGAUCCUACUGACCUAUAUGACAGUGUGGUUGAUCACGUGACUUCACCAUCGAUGUUUGUCAUCUUUAAUGACAUUCAAGCUUACCCAGAGUACCUUAUUACUUUCAGGAAAUAAGAUUUGUUUAAAAGCAUUGGAAGAUAUUUUUGGUGCCUUUAUCUUGUGAAGACAACUCAAGGAUCAUUUCUUACUCAGAUAUGUGAAGAAUGAGAAAAUACUAGUAUUCUUCUUAUACAACUUUAAAUAUUUUGGUUUCUUAGAUCACAUAGCCCUUAAUAUAUCCAAUUGCUUAUAAGUAUUAAGAAAAGGACCUAGAACUAAGUAGAUUUUCAAAUGCAGCAUAAUUUUGGCUUGAUUCUGCAGUGGUGUGGAAAAAUGCACAGAGAUCCUAUUAGACUAGGUAGGUUUGGCUGGUAGCAGGGAAUACCUAAUUUUGUAUUCCCUGGAUUUCCCUAGACUCAUGCCAUUGUGAUAAUGAUAGCCAUUUGUUUCCAAUAUGGGUACUCAGUUCUCUGGGGCUGCUAUUAAAUGCACUAUUCUCUGCAUUCAAAUACCUUUCUUCCCAUGUACCAGAGUGCCGAUGCUUUUUGCAUUCUGCCAAAUCAAAGUAUUAAAGGUCAAAGCCAGUUCUUCUCGAAUGUUUAAGAUGUAUGAUGUUUACAGUUAUUAUAGAGGUAGGAGGAACUAAUGUUCUUUGUGGGCAGAUCUGGUGUAUUAACUGGUCUAUAGAAUUAUAGCCUUGUACAGAUGAUAACCAGUGAUAACGUUUUGAUUUCCAGCAAACACUUGAAAAGUCUCACUGUGAUAAACUUUCAGGUAAAUUAUAAAUCCAAUGUACUUCUGCCAAUUAAUUUUGUUACCUAUAUUCAUGGACAGUGAUAUUUUCUAUUUACGCUGCCAUUCAUUAGAACAAAAUGUCAUAUUUAGAUCUAUAUUAAAGUGCAUUAUUUUAAAGAG